AUGGUACAGAAACGACCUGCUGCGUCGACUGUCAGCACCAACUGGGUUACAGGAAGCCCCAGAAAGGACAUUCCCUGUAUUCUUCAGAGGAAAACUGGGGAGAAGCUCCAUCAGGAGACCCCAGGAUUUGACCUGUUGGACCCCAACAUGAGAGUCAUAGAUGUUAGUUAUAACUGCCUCCACGACAAACACCUGAAGAGUUUUUUCCGCCAUCCGGAAAGGAAGAAGCGGCUGGUUAAGCAAGGCCUCAUCACCUCAAAUGAGAAGGUGCUGUGUACUGGUAAAGAGUACAAUCGCUACAGUAGCUACAUCAAGUCAGUUCAGUUGCUGUGGGAGAAGCAGUGCUGUGCCCAGCAGAAAACGCUUUUGAAGCAGUUCCUAGUCUUGCAGCAGCAAGGGGAGGUUCCGUCCCACAUCUCACUGACGGAUGUUAGAGAUUGGCUCAUUGCCAAGGGUAGAAACUACUUCAAGAACACGUUUCAGAGUGAAAUGGAAGAGGGGAAGAACCUUCACUUGGCCGAACUGGCUUGGGAUGUGAAACGACGCCUCAGGCUUAAGGAGCUGGAAAGAGAAGUGUGCAGGGAGCUGCGCCUGGAGCGCCAAAUCCGCUGGUCGGUGAUUGGACAGCCUGGUAGCCAGAUGGGAGAUUGGAGACCCCUGGGCAUGGAGACACACACACCUCUGGGAAUGGACUCUCCCUUCAGACACUCCACCUCCUCGAUGGACACUCUUUCCAGUCAGAUCUCGACUGAGACCCUCGAGGCUGCUAGGCUACAUACUGCCAGACCACAUAUUGCCAGACCACAAACUACCAGACCACGUUCUGCCAGACCACCAACUGAAAGACCUAGCAGUGACUCUGAUCACUCUGGAACCUUGUCUUCUGUGAUGACCUGCUCACCACAUUCAUCUAGCCCUUCAGUGGUAGGUCAUUUUGGUCAUGAACAUGUUCCCAGCUUUCACUCUUUGGGGGCUGCAGGCAUAUUACUGCUUCCCUGUCUCCCAUCUACUGGGAAAUCCAUAUCCAAGUACAGUGGCAAGAAAAAGUAUGUGAACCCUUUGGAAUUACCUGGACUUCUGCGUAAAUUUGUCAUAAAAUGUUAUCUGAUCUUCAUCUAAGUCACAACAAUAGACAAACAAUGAUACUUGUUCAUGUCUUUAUUGAA